AUUAAAGCCCGCGCUUAGCGUUGGCCCUGAGCCUGCUUCAUCUCCGCGCGUCGCUUAUUUUGCACCACACUUCUCUUCAACAGCUUUUUCCUCGAUCAGAAUCUCGACGAAAAAAAAUGCUCACGCCCACCUUAAGUUCACAUACGAGGAUAAAUCUCAUUGCCUCAGGCCGUGCCGUCUUUGGCUCUAAGUCGGCGCUGUCACUGCCGCUGCACCGAAAAAGGCAGCAGCUGCUACUGGUUGUAGCCAGGAGCGCUCCAGAAUCUUCGUCACAGCAACAGCAGGCCGAAGUUGCAGUAGCAGAUCCUGAUACAACCGUUUUGCCGAAGCAGCCUUCGUUAUCAGCUGCUGACGUCUCUGCUGCUCCUGUCGCGGCGCCUGUGACGGCGCCAGUGACGGUGACGGCGGCUAGCAAUACGGUUGCAGGUAGUGUCCGGCCCGUGAAGCGCCCGGCUGCCCGCCAGGCGGAAUCAACUGAUGCUGUGGCCACUUUCCUAACGCGAAGAUUCGGGAUCGCUGGUGGACUUGCCUGGUUGGGCUUCCUGGCGAUAGGGACGCUCGGAGAGCAGAUUAAAACCCGGAUGGAGGUGGCGAAUGAGAUCAACGGUACCAAGGACGUGGAAAACGCACCGGAGGUGGUGCUCCCUAGUGGGCUGCGCUAUCGCGAUCUACGAGUUGGCGGCGGUCAGAGCCCCCUUAAAGGCUACCUUGUGGUUCUGGAUUACAUCGCCACGGCGGACGGCGUGCAGUUCGAGUCGACACGCGCCCGUGGCAAGCCCAUCGUCUUCCUGUACGGCAGUCGGCCGUACACGGGCGGUAUGUGUGCGGGUCUAGAGCAAGCGCUAGCUUCCAUGAAAGCUGGCGGGAGACGGAUUGUGACCGUGCCGCCCGAAUUGGGUUUUGGAGAGCGGGGUGCCGUACUUCGGCCCACGGAGCACGUGCCAGAUAAGCAAGGUAUCGUACCGCCGGCCGCCACGCUGGUGUACGACGUGGAGCUCGUCCGUGUGUCGAUUCCCCCUUCGUGACGAGAGAAACGAAUUAUUGACAACGCCUUACCAUCGCGCGCUCCGCCGUCAUACAUCACUUCGGGAAAUACCGAGCGCACUUUUGUUGUUUCUGUGUUUUGACUCAAAAGUAAAAUUUAAGCUUGGUGUAUUUGCCUUGGUGAUAUGAAGUCCGCCGCAUCCGUUCCGUGUUGUAUGUUUCCGCUAUAUGAGGACGCAACACACGGGAAGAGUCGGUUGGGUUGGAAGAUAAAAGAGUGCGGUAUACGGGUCUCGAACCGCUCUAUGUGCGGUGGGGCCGAUAGAGACGAAUCAUCUGCACCGUUUUCUGAAAAGAUAGGUUUAUGAUAAGAAUGAAGGCAUAUGCUGCGGUAAGCUACCUGUUUAUAUUUCGUUUUUCAUGUACGGGGAAGGGGGGGGAAGAAAUCGUAUGCGAGGAAACAAGCGACCAGGUAUCGUGGGGGGAGGUGAGGAGAAGUUUUGUUGCUAUGCGUCGUGGGGGAUUGUCGCAAGUACACUACACGCAUGCAAAUUGAACGUAUAAAAAAUGAAUCACACCGGAGUGGAGUGAUUCGCGAGUGAGAAGGUCCGACUGUGAAUAUAAAUUCACCCGGUGG